AUGGAUCUUAAAGUUUUAAGUGAUUUAUUAAAGUUAGAUACUAACGGAGUAACUUUUUCGAGUAAUCAAAUGUUCAGGGAAAUUAAAUUGUACGAUACAACGAUUGAAGUGAUCGGCUUUAUCGACGAAAUCAAAGACUUGGAGGCGAUUGUUCAUAUUGAUGGCAUUUCAGCUAGACCUAUUGCUGCAGUUUUCAACAAAGGGACAACAUCUUAUGAACUUUUGUGCCAAUCGAACACCAUAAUUAAUAUUUUUGGAAAGCAAACUUUAGAAACUUCGAAAACUUCUAUAGAAUCAUUACCUUUAGUAGGCUUUAAUGAUUUAGGAAAAUAUAGUGGAAAAACUAUCAGAAUCAAUGGAUUUUUAAAAACCGUAUUCAAACAGAGCGACAGAAGAGAAUCGUAUCUAAGUGGUUCAAUCACAGAUGGCGUUCACAAUUUAGAAGUCAGAUUAACCGAUCGUAACUGUGUCGUCGAACUUGCUAAGGGAGAUCCCAUUCAAAUAGGAGGAAUCAUGAAUUUUACAAAUGUCACAUAUUUUGCUGUCAACAAUUACAGUAAUGUUUUAAAAAGGGAAAAAGAGCCGAAAAUGUCAUUAAAAUUAUUACUUAAAGCUUCAAAAAUGAUAAAAAGAGUAAUUGAAAAUGAAUCAGACGAACAACAAAAUGCAAAAAAAAUUGAAGCAAAUUAAA